GACUUAAAAAAUAUGUCAAAAUACACUCAAUAUUUACAUUUUCAUUAAAAUUCAAAACAUGGAUUUAAAUUAGAUAAAUAUAAAAUACCACUUAAAUAUUCAACAGCUAAUACUACAAUAGACAUGUUUCGAUACAAAUUCUUGCACUUACUCAAAUCUAGUUUGAAAAUAAACAGUAGAAAAGUUUCGUGUAAAGCUCGCAGUAUUGCACCGGUAACUUUUGCUAUUUUAACUACAGUAAAAUGUGAAGAUAAGAAGCCAGAGUUCAAGGAUUUUUUUAAUGCAGAAAGCUUAGAACACGAGUUUUUAAUAAAACAAGCGACAACUGUUAACGUAAAUGCAGCGACGCAGCUACUGACUGUAACCUUAGUAGCAAUUCAAGACACAAGUGAAAGGUUAAGAGAAGUGUUGUCUGAAGAAAUUUGUCUUGUUAGACAAGCCCUAGAAUGGGGGGAAGAUAGCACACCUGCGCAACACUGGGAUCAGCUUAUUGCAGUCAGAGGAACUUUAUGUGACCUCAAUCAUAAUCUUAGAACACUAUUUAGUUAUAUGGAUUAUGCAGAGAAAUUAGCCACAGUUGCUGCUGAAAUAUCCUAUUUGUCUGGUAAUAUAGCUGCUUCAGAUGCAAUAUGUGAAAGAAUUGACCAUGCUAACAGGUCUUGUAACAACCAGAAGAAGUUAACCCAUGAGCUGCAACAAGAGAGUCUGGAGUUACAACAGCAAGCAAUAAUAAAUGCACCAAAUUUAGAAGAUAAAUUAAACCCAAAAGAUACUUCUGAACUGAAAUAAAUAAUAGAUAGAUAUUAUGUAAAUAGAAUUAAAUAAUUAAAACCUCUGAAAA